AGCUAACUACAGCAAAGCAAGCGAGCACCACAACCUCGUAUUCAGAUUUCUAGAUAGACAGGAUCAGAUUAACCAGAAGAUGAUGCAGGCCACCGUUGCCUUGUCGGCCGUGCUGACUGUCGCCGUAAGGGGCAGGCCGGCGGCGAGGAGGAGGAGCGCCACCGUGGCCGCCGGCGGCAGAAGGAUGCCGGGCGGUGCCGUUCGUGCAUCGGCCGCCGCGGCGCCGGAGGCGGACUACAGCUCCAGCGUCUCGGUGUUCCCCAUGGAGGCCUGCGACCUGGUCGGCGGCGAGGCCUGCGACGCGCAGAUGUACCCGGAGACGAAGCUCGGCGCCGGCGCCGGUGGCCCGGCUGCCGCCGUCGCGAGGGCGCCGGAGGUGGAGAGGGAGUACCUAUCCUACGACGAGCCAAAAACGGUGUUCCCGGACGAGGCGUGCGACGAUCUCGGCGGCGAGUUCUGCGAGGCGCCCUACCAAACCAGCAAGUAACUAACUCAAGCAGCUACUACGAACUACUAUUAGUGUAAAAAACGCUCUUAUUCUCAGCAGAGGUCGAUCGAUGUAUAUCAUGUGAAUAAGCAAAAACAUGCUGCUACGCUGCUGCCUGUACUGUAUUAUUGCACAUAAACGAAAUGCAGUCAUCAA